AUCGCCCCAGAAAUCACAGCCAUCCAUAUAUCUCUCUCUCUCGUUCGAGCUUCUUCCUUUUUUCCUCAUCUCAAAUCUUCUUCCAUCUCCCUCCCUCCCUCUGCAAUCUCAAUCGAUCCUUCUCGAAUCGCCAACAUGAGUGACCAUGGAGAGAAGACCUGCCCACUGUGUGCUGAAGAGAUGGACCUGACUGAUCAACAGUUGAAGCCUUGCAAAUGCGGCUAUCAGAUAUGUGUUUGGUGCUGGCAUCACAUAGUGGACAUGGCAGAGAAAGAUCAAAUAGAAGGGCGUUGUCCAGCUUGUCGCACUCCAUAUGACAAAGAAAAGAUUGUAGGGAUGACUGUUAAUUGUGACAGUCUGGCCUCGGAAGGCAACAUGGCGCACAAGAAGAUCCAAAAGUCUAAAUCAAAACCUUCUGAGGGAAGAAAGCAACAACUCACCAGUGUGCGAGUGAUUCAAAGGAAUCUUGUUUACAUCGUUGGGUUGCCCCUUAAUCUAGCAGAUGAAGAUCUACUCCAGCAUAAAGAAUAUUUUGGUCAGUAUGGAAAAGUUCUAAAGGUUUCCAUGUCCCGAACAACAUCUGGUGUCAUCCAACAAUUCCCAAACAAUACAUGCAGUGUAUAUAUUACUUAUGGAAAAGAGGAAGAGGCUGUUCGCUGCAUUCAGGCUGUUCAUGGGUUUGUCUUGGAUGGCAAAUCACUGAAGGCAUGCUUUGGGACAACCAAGUAUUGUCAUGCAUGGCUGAGAAAUGUGGCAUGCGUCAAUCCUGAUUGUCUCUAUUUGCAUGAGGUUGGUUCUCAAGAAGAUAGUUUCACAAAAGAUGAAGUCAUAUCAGCUUAUACAAGGAGUAGAGUUCAACAAAUCACUGGAGCAACAAAUACUCUGCAGCACCGUUCAGGGAGCUUACUACCUCCACCACUGGAUGCUUAUUCCAGUGACAUUUCUUCUGCUAAACCAGUUGUAAAGGUUCCUUCAACCAAUGCAGCAAGUGCUCCCAGGUAUUCUCCUCCUAGUGGGAGUGGGAGCUCUAGCAGAUCAACUGCUCUCCCUGCUGCAGCGUCAUGGGGGACACAUAUUGCAAACCAGCAGUCUUUAGCAACUUCGGCUACCUCAAAUGGAUCUUCUGAUGUGCAAAGAUCAACAUCGGUAAAUGGAAACUUGGCGUUUUCCGCUGUUGUUGCAAACGCAGCUCAUGGGCCUGUAUCCUCUAGUGACGUUCUUAAAAGACCAUCGCGCAAAGAAGAAAGCGAAAUAGUUGUGGACAAAAGCAAACCUAGCGUGCUGAAGUCUUUGCAGCAUAAUGUUGUGGUUGAUUCCGGGUCCAAGAGGACUACCCCACUUGAUAGAGAUCCCACUAGCAAUAGGUUAUCCAGUUCAUUAGACUCUUCCUACGGUGACGGGGACAUUGACAAGCCUUCAGCUACUGUGAACUCAUUUAACGAUGCAAAUGAAGCUGUAGAAGAUGGCCCUAUUGUAAGAAACUUGUCGGAUGGUGUUGCACGCAUGGGGAUUGAUAUGAAUUGUAGGGAUGAACAUCCCGAUAUUACAAUGGCGAUUGGUAGUUGGUGUGAUCAAGGUUCUAUUAGACAACCUGGUCAUGAGGUAUCAAAGUUGCCACAGUUAGAGCAAUGUAGGAUGGAUAGUUCUAUAAACACUGAUAAGAAAGCUAUCGUAUUAGAGGAUCGAGCCCCCCUCUCAAGGCCAGAGUGGGAGUGGAGAUCAGAUCUGCAAUCGCAGAUGCAAGGUAGCUCAAAAUUAGAAGUGGAGGAUAGAUCACCAUUCGAUAGCCUACAGCAUCACCCUGAAGAGGAUAUUAUCCGCUCGCGGUUUAUGUCUAAUUUGUCAAGUUCCAUUUUGGAUACAAAUCAUAUGGCUUCUCGUUCUUCCCCGCCUUGUGAAACUUUAGGUGUGUCAGGUGUGAACGACUCAAAUUCGAGGUCCUCUUUGGAUAGAGGCAGUGAUAGAUUGCAUCUUCCAAAUGGACAUCUUCCAAAUGGAUUUGGUGAUAAAUCCAUGACCAGUGUGGAGCACUCUCUGUUUGCUAAUGAAGGCGGGAACAAAAUGAACACUGUGGAGAACUCACUGUUUUCUAAUGAAGGCAGGAACAAAAUCAACAGUGCAGAGAAUGCUAUAAUUUCAAACAUUUUGUCACUCGAUUUUGAUCCAUGGGAUGAAUCCUUGACUUCUCCACACCAUUUGGCAGAGUUGCUCGGUGAAGUUGAUCAGCGAUCUAGUACUCUUAAACCCUCAAACCUCCUUAAGCAACAUAAUAGCCAGUCUAGAUUUUCUUUUGCACGGUAUGAAGAAUCUAAUAAUCAAGCAUACGACAGCGACACCCAUAGUAUUUAUGGGCAGUUGUCAAGAAAUCAACCUAUUCAGGAGUCUGUAGUGAGCCGAGAUAUUUAUCGAGAUAAUCUCGGGAGUCUAAAUGGAUUUGCAUCAAACUACUCGGGUGGAUUGGAUAACUUUGCUGCUAGUCCUUUAUUCUCUUCGCACAAGAAUCCGGUUUCACGACCCCAAGUUUCGGCUCCUCCAGGAUUUUCUGCUCCCAACAGGUUACCGCCUCCUGGCUUCUCUUCACAUGAAAGGGUGGGCUUAUCUUCUGAUACUGUGCCAGGAACUCGUUUUCUUGACUCUUCUUCCUUGCUGAGGAAUGCAUAUCAAGUACCACCUUCAGUUGGUAAUUCGAGUGGUGCAAGUGAUAUUGAAUUUGUGGAUCCUGCAAUUCUAGCUGUAGGAAGAGGGAUGGUAAAUGCAGACUUGGAUAGGAGAUCAGGAUUCUCAUCACAACUGAAUUCUUUUGAAAAUGAAACAGGAUUCCAAAUGUUGAGACAGCAGUCUUUGUCUGGUGCACAACAACAAGUCAAUGGGUUUCAUCAUGACCUUAGAAACUUAUCUCCUUCACUUACCGAUCCUUAUGGAAUCAGCUCAAGGCUAAUGGAUCAAACACAGGGAAGUAGCUUAUCCCCUUUCUCACAGCACCCAAGACAACAACCAUCUGCAAAUUCAAUCUUGUCUAAUGGUCACUGGGAUAAGUGGAAUGAAGGCCAAAGUGUUAACUCUCUAGGCAUGGCAGAGCUUCUUAGGAAUGAACGGCUGGGAUUUAAUGGGAGCANGGGUGGAUUGGAUAACUUUGCUGCUAGUCCUUUAUUCUCUUCGCACAAGAAUCCGGUUUCACGACCCCAAGUUUCGGCUCCUCCAGGAUUUUCUGCUCCCAACAGGUUACCGCCUCCUGGCUUCUCUUCACAUGAAAGGGUGGGCUUAUCUUCUGAUACUGUGCCAGGAACUCGUUUUCUUGACUCUUCUUCCUUGCUGAGGAAUGCAUAUCAAGUACCACCUUCAGUUGGUAAUUCGAGUGGUGCAAGUGAUAUUGAAUUUGUGGAUCCUGCAAUUCUAGCUGUAGGAAGAGGGAUGGUAAAUGCAGACUUGGAUAGGAGAUCAGGAUUCUCAUCACAACUGAAUUCUUUUGAAAAUGAAACAGGAUUCCAAAUGUUGAGACAGCAGUCUUUGUCUGGUGCACAACAACAAGUCAAUGGGUUUCAUCAUGACCUUAGAAACUUAUCUCCUUCACUUACCGAUCCUUAUGGAAUCAGCUCAAGGCUAAUGGAUCAAACACAGGGAAGUAGCUUAUCCCCUUUCUCACAGCACCCAAGACAACAACCAUCUGCAAAUUCAAUCUUGUCUAAUGGUCACUGGGAUAAGUGGAAUGAAGGCCAAAGUGUUAACUCUCUAGGCAUGGCAGAGCUUCUUAGGAAUGAACGGCUGGGAUUUAAUGGGAGCAUAUACAACAACGGAUACGAAGAACCCAAAUUCCGGAUUCCAAGUCCCGGAGAUGUGUAUAAUAGGACAUAUGGGAUGUGAUUCUGGCAUCAAGAGAGGUUCCGCUUUGUUGGAUUUUCUCUGGUUGAUCCGGAGUGUUGGGGAAGUUAUACUCAAAAACUGCUACAAAUUCACAUAUAGAAUUGAGUUCUCAUCAAAGAUGCAGAACCCUAACAUAGAUUCCCCAAGAGCAAUUUGAACUUGAAAGAGAGCAGCGAUGUUAAUGUUUGGGUGCCUUGGAUAGAUUUUGAUUUUUGCUGAUGGGUUUUGGUCGGAAGUCUGGCAAAUUUUGAGGGUUCAGCGAUAUAACAGGGGUCGAAGUCGUGCCUCUGAAUUUUUUUGUUUUUCUUAUAUAAAAAUUGUAAAUGGAUUUUAGUUACCAAAAACAGUAUAGCUUUUUGAAAAAUUCUAUAAAACAUCAAAUUGUUAUAGAGCAAAGAAAAUAUAUAUUUU